GUGAAUCUGAUGUAUUUGUGGAGCACGAUGAAUUCCUAUUCUCAAAAAUGGUCUCGAUUUAUCGAUCUGACACAUUCCAAGUUUAUGCGCUUCCGAAUACUGUUCCUCACACAACUUCUGUUGUUGAUUGGUUUCUAAUGUUUGCUGAGUUUGGGUUCAUGGCGUGUCCUUGGAGUCACACCAAACGCUGAGGGCCAACCUCGCAAAGUCAAGAUUAAGGUGCGACUGAAUCCAAAUGGUGUAUUUGCAGUCUGCUCAGCAACCAUGUAUGAUACCCAGAUAGUCGAGGAAGCUCCUGAUCAAGAAGAACAACCAAUGGAACAGGAUAGCACCUCUCAGCCACCAGCUGAGCAACCUGCUGCAGCCCCCGGAGCCGGAGCAGCAGCACCUCAAGGUGCGGCUCCAGCUCAGGGUGCUCCUACGGCUAACGCACCUGCGCAACCAUCUGCACCGCCAAAACUCAAAAAUAAGACUAUCUCAACUGAGAUUAAGAUUGAGGAACGACCACCAGUUGUUUACGACAUCGACAAGUACACACGCGCUGAGAUGAAAAUGCAAGAAGCUGAUCUCCUCGAAAAGCAAAAGGCUGAUGCUAAGAACAGUGUGGAGGAGUAUGUGUAUGAUAUGCGAGACAAACUAUCAGAUUCAUUUGUCACCGAGAAGGAUGCAGAGGCACUUUGUUCACAACUGACUGCAGUCGAGGAUUGGUUAUAUGAUGAAGGCGAAGACGCUGAGAAGCCGGUUUAUGAGCAGCGACUUGCCGAGCUCCGAAAACUUGGUGACCCUAUAAUUGAACGCUAUAGAGAGUUUGAAGCAAGGAAGCCAGCAUUCGAAGCUUUUGAUGGGUCAAUCAUUCGUGUGCGUAAAGCGUACGAAGACUAUGUGGCUGGUGGUGAAGCACACGCUCACAUUGACAGUGCUGAUAUGGAGAAGGUGAUCAACGCAAUCGAAGAGAAGAAGCGAUGGAUUGAUGAUGUUCGCCAUAGGCAGGAAAGAAGGGCUAAAACUGAGCCGCCAAUCGUGUUUGCAAACGAGAUCGCCCAGAAACAACAAGCUUUUGAAGCCAUUGUAAUGCCAAUUCUCAACAAGAAGAAACCAGCUCCACCACCACAGAACAAGGAAACAAAGAACGAGGCAUCACCUCCACCGAAUGGAACCCCGGCCGGAGAUAAUGCUGCACCACCGCAGCAAGCUGCAGACAACAUGGAAGUUGACUAAUACUGAAGGUUGUUCAUACUAUCGUGUUUGUG